AUGUCCGCUCUCCGUCAACACAAGACCGGCAUUGCACUCAUCAUUUUGUUUCUGGUCGUAUUGGCCCAUCUCACCUACCGGCACCUCAGUCGUGGUCCAGUUCCGAUCUCUGUCAAUUAUCACUUCACCAGAAAGUGCAACAAAAAGUGCGGAUUUUGCUUUCACACGGCCAAGACUUCACACGUUGCGUCACUCGAGGAGGCAAAACAUGGCCUGAGUCUGCUCAAGAAGGCAGGGAUGAGGAAGCUCAAUUUUGCGGGCGGCGAGCCCUUCCUCUACCCAAAGUAUCUCGGUACGUACGACUUGAGCAGGUCCUACCGUAGGCUGUCUAACCAAGUUUCAGGUGAGCUUGUUUUAUUCGGAAAGCAGGUGCUCGAGCUGGAGAGCGUGUCCAUUGUCAGCAAUGGCAGUUUGAUCCCAAAGUCGUGGCUGCGGCAGUACGGAGACCACCUGGAUAUACUGGCCAUCUCGUGCGACUCAUUCGACGAAGCCACGAAUGUGAAAAUUGGCCGUGGCAGCGGAGACAACGUGAGGCAGCUCUUUCGCAUCCGAGACUGGUGCCGAGAGUAUGGCAUAAAGUUCAAGCUCAACACAGUCGUUUGCCGUUACAACUUUGACGAGGACAUGGCCAAGCGCGUCGCAGAGUUGGAACCGUUUCGUUGGAAGUGCUUCCAAGUGCUCAGAGUAGAGGGCGAGAAUGAUUCUGAGGAGACCUUGCGUGACGUGAGGCACUUCGAGAUCAAAGACGACGAGUUUGAGCUCUUUUGCAAGAGACAUGAGCACUUGGGUUGCUUCGUGCCGGAAAGCAAUGCAGCCAUGGCGGAGAGCUACCUUAUACUGGACGAGUACUUGCGAUUUCUGGCGGGGACGAACAAGGAAGUCAAGUCAAGGAGCAUUGUUGAAGGGGGUGUGGAAGACGCCUUGAGAUCCAUCCGUUGGAACCAAGAGGAAUUUCGAGGCCGAGGAGGGGUGUACGAAUGGUCAAAGGAGGAGCUGGGCAGCAGUGGCAGUAAAGGCAAUUGUGGAACACACGUAGAACAGCAGCUUGACUGGUAA